GUGCGGGCUCGUCUCCAUCGCCCGCCACCCGCUCCGUCGUCGUCGUCCCCGCCGCGCCGAUCCCGAAUCGAAUGGGGAGCCUGGCGUCCGAGAGGAAGGUGGUCGGGUGGGCCGCCAGGGACGCCACCGGACACCUCUCCCCCUACUCCUACACCCUCAGGAACACAGGCCCUGAAGAUGUGGUGGUGAAGGUGCUCUACUGCGGGAUCUGCCACACGGACAUCCACCAGGCCAAGAACCACCUCGGGGCUUCAAAGUAUCCUAUGGUCCCUGGGCACGAGGUGGUCGGCGAGGUGGUGGAGGUCGGGCCCGAGGUGGCCAAGUACGGCGUCGGCGACGUGGUAGGCGUCGGGGUGAUCGUUGGGUGCUGCCGCGAGUGCAGCCCCUGCAAGGCCAACGUUGAGCAGUACUGCAACAAGAAGAUCUGGUCAUACAACGACGUCUACACUGAUGGACGGCCCACGCAGGGUGGAUUCGCCUCCACCAUGGUCGUCGACCAGAAGUUUGUGGUGAAGAUCCCGGCGGGUCUGGCUCCGGAGCAAGCGGCGCCGCUGCUGUGCGCUGGCGUGACGGUGUACAGCCCGCUGAAGCACUUUGGGCUGACGACCCCGGGCCUCCGUGGCGGCAUCCUGGGCCUCGGCGGCGUGGGCCACAUGGGCGUGAAGGUAGCCAAGGCCAUGGGCCACCACGUGACGGUGAUCAGCUCGUCGUCCAAGAAGCGCGCGGAGGCAAUGGACCACCUCGGCGCGGACGCGUACCUAGUGAGCUCGGACGCCGCGGCCAUGGCGGCGGCCGCCGACUCGCUGGACUACAUCAUCGACACGGUGCCCGUGCACCACCCGCUGGAGCCGUACCUGGCGCUGCUGAAGCUGGACGGCAAGCUCGUGCUGCUGGGCGUCAUCGGCGAGCCCCUGAGCUUCGUGUCGCCCAUGGUGAUGCUGGGGCGGAAGGCCAUCACGGGGAGCUUCAUCGGCAGCAUCGACGAGACCGCUGAGGUGCUUCAGUUCUGCGUCGACAAGGGACUCACCUCCCAGAUCGAGGUGGUCAAGAUGGGGUACGUGAACGAGGCGCUGGAGCGGCUGGAGCGCAACGACGUCCGCUACCGCUUCGUCGUCGACGUCGCCGGUAGCAACGUCGAGGCGGAGGCGGCGGCGGCGGAUGCGGCCAGCAACUGAUGGCACCGCGUCGUCGAGUCGAACCACGUCUGUGCGCCGCGUGCAACGUUCGUUCGGGUCGAGUCUGCGUGCAACGUUCUGCUUCCUUUACUAGUUGUUGUCUUUCCGCCUUCUUGCCGUUCUGUUCUGGGCUUUGAGAUGAGACGAUGGAUGGUCAGUUUUUAAUGUCAGACUGAAUAACUACGUAUAGUACUGUAGUAUUACUCGGAGUACGCCAGAAUGUGGUGUGGUGUCAGUCUCACCAGCAAUCUGGAUUUGCCAAGUGUUUCUAUUUUUUCUUCGGUUUGCCCGAGUGUUUGUGAUUGUUAAGAACUACGUUAUUACGGAUCGUCAAA